GGCACUCAUCCAGAAACAGAACCGAAGUACACAUCUCGCAUCAUGGUGGAGCAGGGCAAAGUAGAUUCUACGAAAGACUUUCAUCCGGCGCCCGUUUGGCUCGAUGAGGCCUACCUGGAACCCCUCUUGAGGGACCAGAAGAAGGACCCGGGUCUUAGGAUCACGGAGCUGGAUAUCAAGCCGGCGACGGCCAAGGGCGAUAACUACGCCAGUGUGAUGACCCGUGUAAAGGUUCUAUAUUUAAAUACCGGAGCCAAGGACCCCGAAGUAGGCUACUACAUUGUGAAAACCACCUACGAAAAUGAUCCCUUUGCUUCGGCGAUUUUCUCCGGCUACCAAGUAAGCACCACCGAGAUGCUCAUGUACGACAAGAUUCUGCCCCAGCUGAGCGCCCUAAUCGAGGAAACCCGCCAGCCAGAGCAGGUCUUUGCCAAGACUCUGCACGUUGACUACGAGCAUGAAGCCAUUAUCUUUGAAGACCUGGCGGUAACCAAGCACGUCCUGGCCGAUCGGCUGGCAGGGCUCGACUUGGAGCACACCCGGCUCAGCCUGCGCAAGUUGGCCAAGAUGCACGCUUCGGCUGCCGUGCUGAAUGAGCGCCAACCCGGUCUCCUCACCAAGCUGGAUCACGGCAUUUUCAACCGCCACACCAAGGGCUUUGCCCCCUUCUUUGAGAACUUGGUCGGUGUGGCUGCCGAAUUUGCUGCAGAAACUCUAGAGCUGGGUGAGAACUACGCCCGAAAGCUGAGGGCUCUCCGGGAAAAAGUAAUGGAGUAUACGACACGGGUCUACGAUCCACAGCCGGAGGGGUUCAACACCCUGGUGCACGGCGACUUUUGGGUGAACAACAUGAUGCUGGUGUACGGGGAGAACAAGGAACCUCUAGACCUAAAACUGAUUGAUUUUCAGUUCUGCAGCUGGUCCCCUCCGGCGGUGGAUCUACACUACUUUUUCAAUACGUCCCUCCAGAGGGAAGUGCGCUUCGAGCAUCAGGAUGCCAUGAUUCAGUACUAUCAUACGGUGCUCGUAGAGACGCUCAAGGAUCUCAAGUUUGGAGGUUACACUCCCACUCUGAGGGAGUUUGUCCUGCAGCUGGAAAAGGGAAAGUUCUUUGCCGUCACUGCCUCAUUGGCCUGUGCAGCUAUAUUGACGAAUGACGAGACCGCUGAUGCCGAUUUCCAUGCCCUAAUGAAGGAGGAUGAGAGGGGACGCCGGUUCCGGAAGCUGUUGUACAACAACAAGUCGCUACGGGAGAAUCUGAAAUACUUGCUGCCACGGUUCGAUCGAAGCGGCCUGCUGGAAGUCACCGACUGAGACGACAGAUCUUACAGGUGGAUCUCGCUAAUUGUUAUCUUGUUUUAGAAUAUUUUAAAGAAAUUGUAAAUAUAACGAGCCCUAAAUACAUUUUAAAGAGUAA